UGCGAGAACUCAGUCGUCGGACGGCAGUUGUGGUGGAAAGGUCGUAUUGAAGCUCCUCUGGGUGUGUGACUUUUUUUUCCGUGAAAACCUCCCAACAAACUCACCUUUCGCAAAUUAUUAUUUUACGGGGGAAAUGGCACCGAAAGCACCGUGAAAUCCAUCCCUCCAAUUAACACCGUGGAAUGCCCCUUUGAACCCCAAAAACUAUUCACACAGCAUUUGUGCAAGUAUCACGGAAUAAUGAAAAAUUUAAUUUGCUGGAUCCUCCUCGCAGCCAUAUUGGUUCACAAGGGAUUCUCUGAGAGGAAUGUAACUGAAGCCCCGGACGAUGAGGAUGACGACGAUUGGGAUGAUGAGGAUGAUUCAUCGGAGGCUGAUGAUGAUGGGAGAGUGUACAAAAAUCCCCGCAAUUCCCCAUCAACUGAAUGCCCACGGGAUGAGGAACAAGCUACGCUACUAAAGCAAAAAUGCCUGAGAAAAUGCUCCUCAGAUGAGGAUUGCAAAAGCAAGAAGAAGAAGUGUCUCUGUGAUGGUGCAUGCGGGAUGUCGUGCAUUAAGCCUGACAGAGAAUGUCCUGAAUUAGAAAAACCAGAAUUGGGUGAGGUCAGUUACUCAGGACGCCUCUUCGGUUCUCGUGCAACCUAUACAUGCCCCCAUGGUUAUCAUGUUGUUGGCCUACAGAGUCGUCUGUGCCUAGCCGAUGGAUCCUGGGCUGGAAGUGAACCAGCUUGCAAGCAAAACAUCUACUGCUUGACCCCACCGACAAUUGAACAUGCACGUCACUCAGCUCUACCGGAACAAGCUACAUUUGACUUGGAUGCUACUGUACAGUACAACUGCCACAUUGGUUACGUUACCAAUGGCUUUCCCCGGGCUAAAUGUCUUGCAAUUGAUGGUCAAGCUAGUUGGUAUGGUCCGGAUAUAUCGUGUGAACCUCAAAGCUGCGGACAACCUCCUGAUCCCCUCAAUGGCUUCCAUUCAGGUGAAUGCUACACUUUUGGCUGCCUCAUUCGCUACCACUGCAGUGAAGGCUACGAAUUGGUUGGAAAGCCCGAGCGUCUCUGUGACUCCAACGGAUCUUGGACACCCCAAUUGGUACCAACAUGUGUUUUGGUGACGUCUGUACAAUGCCCACCACCGGAAAAUCCCAAAAACGGUCGUGCUAUAUACACGAGUGUCUCAUACAACUCAAUUGCAAGCUAUGAGUGCAAAUAUGGCUUCAAAAUCACCGGAGAUUCAUCCAGACGAUGUGGAGCUGAUAAGAAAUGGUCUGGAACUCUCCCAGUAUGCAAAGAAAUAAACUGUGAGCAUCCGGGAGUUCUCUACAAUGGUUGGUUGGAGAAUAUAGAAGCUGGCACGGGUUUGGGUGCCAGCAUAAUAUUCCGCUGUCAACCAGGGAUGCUCCUCAAGGGACAUUCAUCGACAGUGUGUCAAAUUGAUGGGAAUUGGCGGUAUCCUGUUCCGCAGUGCUUAGCCCCGUGUGUUGUACCGACAAUCUCUCAGGGAAUUGUUAUCCCGAAUGAGAAUGAAUAUGAUUUCAAUGGAACCACCUUGGCUACACCGGGAAUUGGAAGUAUCUCCAAGGUGCAACAUGGUACAAUCCUUGAGGUGAUGUGUGAUGAACACUACGAAUUCCCCAUUUCAUCCCUUUCACCGCCAAUUUGCAACAAUGGCACGUGGAGCGUGAUACCGCGAUGUGUUCCGUCGAGGUGCAAAAAUAUGCCGAAACCACCAAAGAAUGGGAUGGUGCUGGCACCAAAGACCGAACAUGGCAUGAAAGCACGAUUCAAGUGCAAGGAUGGAUUUAAUUUGACGGGGCCAGGUGGUAAGGAGAUCACUGAUCCCAAUGAAUACGUCCUUACGUGCUCCUUUGGCAAUUGGACCGGUGUUACACCUGCAUGCCAAGAGGUCUAUUGCUCCUUCCCAGGAUACAUUCCUAACGGGAAGGUCCUUCUCGUGGGGAAUAUGGGACUCUACGACUAUCGUCCUUAUGUACGAAAGAUCAUCAAUAAUAAGCAAAUUAUGUAUGAUUGUGAUAAAGGAUACGUUCUGAGCGAAGGUCCUGUUGGGGCAACGUGCAUUGGGGGCUUGUGGCGCCCCACAGAAUUACCCAGCUGCCUCCUUGGGCAACAUCCUAGGCUACGAUGGAAUCGACGACGUCGCUCUGCAUCAAUGUCAGUGAAGUACAAGAGAUACCUUGCAUGGGUGAAAGACACCCUCAAUCACCUAGCAAGGGAAGACAUGGAAAAGGGAAAAUCCUCCCGAGAAAAGAGAGAAAUUGAUAGCAGAAUCAUCUACCCAUUGACGUACUACCGCAACAUCGACAACCAUACAUCACUUCCGGUCUUCUCGAGCAAUCACACGCGUGAGAAGAGGCAGCUGUCGGACAUUGAGAGGGCAUACUCCAAAUACUACCAACGAAUUAAAGAGAAGUAUAAAAAUUACGUGAAACACUUGCUCGGAUAUACCAAUUCCAGGCACACAAAUACCACCCUGGCCAAUCGACUACCACCCAAGGAUCGUGUUCAGGUGCAAGAUGGACGUUGGCUCAAUACGUACAAUAAUCCAGAAAUGUGGUCACGCUACCGGGCAACACACACCGUUCGCACAGGUGGACAGGAGGCUCCCAAUGAGGGUGAUAGGGCAAGGAUAACAAUUCCCGAUAUAACAGACAGCCGAGAUUCAACGGAAGAGAUGAAAUUCAAAUUGAAUGAGCUCCUCAAUCAAGAGCCAGAGUAUCAGCCACUAAGUAAAUUCCACAAGUACGAACAGGAAGAGCUGCGGAAUCACAGGGAGAGACCCGAAGAGCCCUCCAGGAUGGAGAAGUUGGCAAGGAAUGCAUCAGAUUCCAAUCUUCCCAGCAUAAUUGCUCAACUUAAAUCCCAAAUUGUACGCAAGAAGCGAGCAAUUCACGAUGCUCGUACCAACUACACCUCCGACAAGGUUCUCAAUGAUGAGAAUGGCAAUGAUACAGCCAUGGGAAACAGGAAGAAUCGCCUGAAAUUGCCAUGUGAACCACUAACUGCUGAAAUUUUUUCCAGCAUUGAAAUUGUUCGUCCGGGAAAGAAUGAGAGUAUUGAAUAUAGUUCGGGGACUAUUGUUAAAUUAACAUGCCUAAAGGGUCAGCUGAAUUUCCAAAAUCCCAAUUCAACGGCUAAAUGCGUUAAAGGACGAUGGAAGCCCAUAAAACCAUCCUGCAUAACGCGCCCGUGCACAAUUCCAAUAGCUGAUCAUGGAAAUUACUUUGGUGUUGACCCAAAGAGCCCCAAGGAAAUUUCAAGACAACUCAGACCGCUGGAAGAUGUCGAGAAUGGACAGAGAGUUAUCUUCCGUUGUUCUCCGGGAUUUAAUAUUCAAGGAUCCCACAAUAUUGGUUGCAAUGAUGGCGAAUGGGAUGCUCCGGCUUUUCCCGAAUGCAUGGCAGCCCCUUGUGUGCUACCACAAAUAGAACAUGCUACAUAUUUGAGUGGCUACAGAGCUGAUUUAACAAUUGCAAAUGGAAGUUCCGUAUCCGUACAGUGUGAGAACAGUCCAGCAAGCUCAAUUGUUCAAAUGGAAUGUAUUCUGGGGAAAUUAAAUCCACCCACUGUUAAUUGCCAAACGGCCUCAAGGAAAUCCCGUGAAGAUUUAGCCGUGACCAAUUCACUGGAAAAGAGUGCAGAAGAGGAAUCAGCCGAAGGGAGUGAAGAGGAGGUAACGAGUGAGGAGGAAAAGGGAUCCUGUGGCCCACCAAUGAAAAUUGAUGCAGCUCUUGUUUACAAGAAUAGCGAGGAGUUGGACUCAGCUCGUGUUGUGUAUCCUCCAGGCACGGAGAUUACAUUUAAUUGCAUUGCAAGCGUGCCCGGGGAACGAAGUACAUGGAAGAUUAUUUGCGAGGAUGGAGUUUGGAUUGGACGUGCAUUAAACUGCUUGAAUACAUCAUGUAUGUUUCACAACGACGAACCAAAUGUGGUAAGCUUCUACAACGACCUGGAGAUUCGUGAGGAGACAGUUGAGUUCCCACCAGGAGCAACAAUAGUUUCCAGGUGUGUCGAUAUUGGAAAAUUCAUGUUGGUAGGAAGCAAUAUUCGUAGCUGCAUCCACUCCGAAUGGAAUGCACAGAAACCAAUUUGCUAUGGAUUAAAUCAAGAGAAUGACUAUGCAAUGGAAAAAUCACCGACAAUACUAUUUCGGCACCAAAAUGGUCCAAUAGCGCAGAGCAAUGAUGGGAAAUUGAUUGUAUAUCCGGGGACAACACUUCACAUGGAAUGCCUGUGGAUGAGACGCUUUGGGAAUCCCAAAUGGAAUGUUAGUCAUGAAUUUCGGAAAUAUCCCGAAGGGUGGGUCACAGAGGAGAAUCGUGAUCCACAGCUGGAGUAUAGAUUGAGCAUUUUUAAUGCCGUUGAAGAUGAUUCUGGGGUGUUUUCGUGUCAAACACCUGCUAGGCAUGAACAUGCCGUUGAGGUUGUUGUAAAGGCAAUAAAUUGUCCAGAGAUACCGGCAAGACGUGGUCUUAUAAUGAGUACCACAGACACAAAACUGAGUACAAAAGUUGUAUUUUCAUGCGCUAAUGGUAAUUCAUUGAUUGGCGCAUCGGAAAUCACGUGCUUGCCAAGCUCCAACUGGAGUGCACCCCUUCCAGUUUGUGAGAGUAAGAUCCAUAAUCCUAACGAAAAAUCCGAUAAUCGGAAACAUGACCAGGGAUUUUUAUCUAAAGGUGUCGAAUGUGGUGAUAUUCCACUGUUGACAUCUUCCAACGGAACCGUACCACGCGUGGCCGUUUUAUCUCGUGAGGUAGGCGGCCGUGCUUCAUUUUCCUGCCCCUCCGGUUAUGGUUUACGCGGUUCCUCGGAAUCCGUGUGCUUACCAUCUGGAGAAUGGGCACAACCAUUUCCCACAUGUAUAGAUCUAGAAGUUCAAUGCGAUAACCCGGGAGCCCCCCAGAACGGCUAUGCGCAGGGUUCGGCGCCAUAUAGGGCCGGUGAUGUUGUUCAAUUUAAUUGCAAUCCUGAAUAUAUGAUGCAAGGACAACCCAUAAUUGCAUGCCAAGACAAUGGACGGUGGUCCGGUGGAUUGCCAAAAUGUGUCCAAGCGUGCUCAUACCCAGGAACAGCAAUCAGUGGACGGAUGUCUUCAGUGAAGUUUUAUUAUGCCAUUGGUGAGAGUAUCACUUUCACAUGUGAUUCGGGAUUAGUGCUACGUGGUGCGAAAAUGCUAAAAUGCCUUAGAAAUGGAAAGUGGUCAAAUGCAAUACCCACAUGCGUGAGUGCCGAGGCAUCAGAGGAUACGCCCGAGAGGUAUUCAGCUAAAUCAGGACGUAAUUCAAAGUCCAACAAUAAUUAAAAAAAAUUGGCAAAAAGAAAAUACUCCAAAAAAAACAUAUUUUUAUUAGAGAGAGAAAGGAAAAGAAGGAAAAACACCAUUUUGAUGAAAAGAAAAAAAAACAUUCUCCUACCAUAUCCUUGUAAUAAGAAGUUUGUAAGGCAAAAAAAUGAUGAAUUGUUAUAUUGUUCUCAUGAAAAUCCACUCAUUCAUUAGAGAUUCUCUUUAACCAGUGUGUAGGUACGUUCAUCUCAUGCAUACAAAAGAAUGCGUGAUCACAUUAUUAAUUUAUCAAGAAAAACCUUUUAAAAAAAACUUCAUCCCCAUUUGAAGCAUCUCCCGCAUAAAAAAUUCAUAAAUUAAUAAUUUUCAUUUAUUUCUUCUUCUUCUUUUCGUCUUGAUUGUAGAAAUUCAAUCAAAAAUCGCUUGAAUGUGAUGUUAGAGCAACUUCUUUGCUUUACUUCUUUGCAUAAAAUACCUUCUUACUAAACAAAAAAAAAGUUCUCUUUCGUAGAAAGUGAUGCAAACUGAAUCGUAAUAAUAUCAACAGAGUAUAUUUAAAUCACUUGUAAACUUUCAUUGCUGAUCUAUGUGAUACCAAACCCACCCCCUUAAUUCCCUUUUCCCACCCCCGCACAAAACAACAUGAAAUCAACGAGAAUUCUCAUAACAUAUCUCUUUUCAGACAACAGAAAAAAAAGAAUCUUUUAUUGAAACUUUUUAGUAAUAAAAAAAAACUAAUAUUAAUAUUUAAAUGAAAAAUGGUGUAAACAUGUUGAAAAAAAAGUAAUAUAUUGUGUAAUUUUUGCAGUGAUUCUUCCACACAUUUCAGAAACUCUUCCAUAGUUUAUAAUGUUGAAGCAGAAACAUACAAAAAAAAUGAUGUAAAAGUUACGAAUAUUGAGAAAAUAGUCCUUGAAUAUAUAUCAUGAGUUUGUAA